UCACCCUCGAAACGGUGUCGUCUUCAACUGGACCUGAAUUUCGAAUCGAAAUUCUAGGUUAGAAAUCGCAGCUGCUUCUCCUCGUAUUGCUCCGUUCCCUUCGAACCGGCCCUCUGCUCUGCUAUUCGCCAGUUCUCCUCGUCGCCGACUGCCAACAGCAAACCUCUUCUCCAGUUUUCCUCACCGCCGACUGCCAACGGCCGCAACUUCUUCUCCAGUUCUCUUCAUUUAAGAGUUGGCGAGGAGGCGGAAAGAAGAUGAUCAAGAGGCGGUUUUAUAGGUUGGAACAUGGUGACAAAGAUGAAGCAUCUUCAGAUUCAUCGUCCUCCUCCUCGUCUGACUCUGAUGUUGAAGCAGAAUCAUCGGACGAAUCAGCUCAUGAUGCAACUGCUGAAGACGUUGAUCAGCAAGAUGUCACUUCCUCUGCUUCCUCUGGAUAUGAAAGUGAGGAAAGCUCUGCCGCCGAGGUCAAUGAGGAUACAUCAGAUUCAGAAAUUGAAGAUGAUUCAUCUGAAGACGACAAACAAACCCGUAUCUCAGCCAAGUUAUCUGGUAGACCCUAUGGCAAACCACUGGGUAGACAGUCCAAAAAUACUGAUGAAGAGGAAUCAGAACCAGUUGAUGAUAUGCCAGAUUGUGUACUACAGGUUAAGUCUGUAUAUAGGUGCAGAAUCUGCCCUCGAAUCAUUUGCUUAACUGAUCAGACUAUGCGUGUCCAUUUGAAAUCCAAGAGACAUGCUCGCUCUGAGAAGCAACUGAAGGAGAAUAGGCUGAAGACUGCCCUGAAUAGUGAUGGUGAGAUGGAGAACCAGGAGACCCCAGCUGAGAUGAACGCUCGAAUUGUAGCCCUUGCAGAAAAAACAAAGAGGAAGAAGAACACAGGGAGACAGCGGCAAAGGAACAGGUUGAGAAAGAAGAAAACCGGAGAUGAUACGGUGGUGGUGGAGAAGAAAACUGAUGUGGUGACGGAGAAGAACAAGAAGGAAUCCACGGAAGGCCUCACGAGGAAGAGGCUAAAGAAAUGAUGUAUGAACUCCUUCGACUCAAUCAACUCCAUUGAUAAAAGAUAGGUAGCUGGGGCGGAUUGAAGCGAAAAUAGGAACUCAGUAAGAAUUGGUGAAUCUUUGUUGUGUAAAAGUGGUAAGCUGGUUUGUGGGUUCAGUUUUGCGGCUUAAAGUGUCAAGGGGAACCCUGAAGCGUUUCUUUUCCGAUACUCAUUUCAUGAUUUGGUUAAUCGCAAUAUGAACUUGGAACAGUGUGAUAUCUGCGGAGCUUCAUCUCUUGUGCAAGUGGCAAGUGCAACAGUUUAAGGGAUUGAUAUCAACUGAAAUCAAAAGCUAGAGACAAAUCUAGAUUUUAACA